AUGCGCUCUUCCAUUCAGUCCAGCCUCCUGCUGGUCGCCUCUCUGUCUGCCUCCAUGGUGGAGGCAGAGCGUGUGCUGGGCGCAUACAUCUUUGCGCGCCACGGUGACCGCACUGCCAAGAUCUUCGGCAACACCCAAUUGACCGACCUGGGCUACAACGAAGUCUUUGAUGCUGGGUCCUUCUAUAAUGAGCGCUAUAUCCUCUCCAGCUCGGACAAGCAUAUUGAGGGCAUCAGCUCUCUGAUUGUCAAUGCCCAGCAGAUUAGCGCCAGCGCCCCGGCUGAUGCGGUACUGCAGAACUCGGCCACUGGCUUCCUGCAGGGGACUCUGGCCAACUCGACUACUGUUGUGUCCCCAUUGAGGGGCUACCAGCUGAUCCAGGUGACUUCCACCUCGUCUGAUGCCGACAGCGAAGAUGCGACCUGGCUGCAGGGCUCGAGUGACUGCCAGAAGGCGACUGUCAGCAGCAACAACUACUACAUAUCGGAUUCAUACAAUUCGAUGCUGAAGUCCACCAAGGACUUCUACGAGUCGCUGUCGCCCAUGCUGAAUUCGACCUUUACUUCGUCAGAGAUGUCGUUCAAGAACGCCUACACCAUCUUUGACUACCUCAACGUGGGCCAGAUCCACAACUCCACCACGGAUUCCCCUGCCCUCAAAGAUUUGACGGAUGAUGUGUACGCCCAGCUGAUCCAGCUGGCGAGCAACCAGCAGUUCAACCUAGCAUACAACGAGACCGACACCGUCCGGGCUAUUGAUGGUGCUGUGCUAGCUGGUCAAAUCCUGUCCGGUCUUAACGAAACCAUUGCCACAGACGGCAAGAAGUCCAAGCUCGGUGUCCAGUUCGGCUCCUAUGGUACCUUCAUGUCAUUCUUCGGACUGGUGCAGCUGCCCGCUGCUUCGGUUGACUUCACCGGUAUCGCCGACUAUGCCUCCUCGAUGGUUCUGGAGCUGGUGACCAAUGCCACCGGCACUGGCUUCCCCUCCGAGGACGACAUCAGCGUGCGCUUCAUGUUCCACAACGGCACCAUCACUGGCUCCGCCGAGCCUACUGUCUUCCCUUUGUUCGGCCAGUCGAAUGAUCUUCUCCCCUGGUCAGACUUCAAGUCGGGUAUCGAGAAGAUUGCCGUCACCUCGGACGAUGAUUGGUGCAACAUGUGCGGCAACACCGACGGCAAGUGCGCCUCGUCUACUGCUAGCACCAAUGCCGACUCCUCCAGCUCGUCUGGCUCCAACUCCAGCGGCAUGUCGCAUGCCGUGGCCGGUGUAAUCGGCGCCAUGGUGACCCUGGCUGUGAUUCUCGGCCUGGAGGCUCUCUUCUUCCUGGUUGGUGGAUUCCGCAUUGCGAAGCGGAGCAAGGCUGUCUCUGAGAUGGCUGUCGCGGCUGCUGCGGCCGAGGAAAAGAAGUCAUGA